UUGCCGCGUGCGGUCUUGACGCUGGCGGUGCGUCAGUCGGCUCAGUCCGGCCUGGCUCGUGUUGGAGCCGCUUCGUGUCUUCGCUGCGGCGGAGGAAUAAGAUGCGGAGCAGUAGCGGAUCCGUAGCCCGUGACCCGGAUCAGUCCCGAACCAGAGCCAGGCUAGCUGAACCCUCCGGCCCGGCCCGGCUCGGCUCGCAGACAGCAUGACGGCAGCGGCGGCGGCAGAGAAAGGCUCCAGCCGCUGAGAGAGGCAGCUAGCCGGGCAGCUAACGGCGCGAUGGCCGCGGAGGGAAGCGGCACGAUCCGCAGCCGCAUCAAGAACCUGCUGCGCUCCCCGUCCAUCAAACUGAGGAGGAGGAGCGGCACCGCGCGGCACAAAGAGGACCUCAGCGACAAGGUGACUUUGGAGAAGGUUCUGGGCAUCACAGCUCCAGGGAACCGAGCGCUGGCCUGCGACCCCCGAACUGGACUGUUGGCGUAUCCUGCCGGGUGUGUCGCCGUCCUGUUGAAUCCUCGGAAGAACAAACAGCAUCACAUCUUCAACAGCUCCAGGAAGGCGAUCACCACGUUGGCGUUUUCUCCAGAUGGGAAAUAUGUUGUCACAGGAGAGAGCGGUCACAUGCCGGCGGUCCGAGUCUGGGAGGUGUCGGAGCGUCUGCAGGUCGCCGAGCUGCAGGAACAUAAAUACGGAGUCGCCUGCGUGGCGUUUUCUCCCAACGGAAAAUACAUCGUCAGCGUGGGCUACCAGCACGACAUGAUGGUCAACGUCUGGAACUGGAAGAAAAACAUCGUGGUCGCAGCCAAUAAGGUGUCCAGUAAGGUGACGGCCGUCUCCUUCUCAGACGACAGCUCGUACUUUGUUACUGCCGGCAACCGCCACGUCAAGUUCUGGUACCUGGACCACGCCAAGACCUCCAAGGUGAACGCCACCGUCCCUCUGCUGGGGCGUUCAGGGCUGCUGGGAGAGCUCAGGAAUAAUUUCUUCAGUGACGUGGCGUGUGGGCGGGGUCGUCAGGCCUCCUCCACUUUCUGCAUCACUUCCUCCGGUCUGCUGUGUGAGUUCAACGACCGGCGGCUCCUCGACAAGUGGGUCGAGCUGCGGAGAGUCGACUCUGCCCCCACGUCUCAGGCCACCUGUCUGUCCGUCACAGACGAGUUGAUCUUCUGUGGUUGCUCUGACGGGACGGUUAGGGCCUUCAGCCCCGUCAACCUGCACUUCCUGUGCACUCUGCCCCGCCCACACAGUCUGGGAGCUGACAUCUCCAGUAUGGUGGACGCCAGUCAGCUGUUCUCCUGCAGGUCGGAGGCUCGUUACCCGGAUACGGUGGCGGUGACCUACGACCCCACCAACCGCUGGCUGUCCUGCGUCUACAACGACCACAGUGUUUACGUGUGGGACGUCCGAGACCUCCGUGACCCCCGCAGGGCGGGAAAACUCUACUCCGCCCUCUACCACUCCUCCUGUGUGUGGAGCCUGGAGGUGUACCCAGAGGGGGGAGGAGGAGGACACAGGGGAGGAGGCGAGGUGCAUCUCCCCCCCGGGUCGUUCCUGUCCUGCUCCUCAGACAACACCAUCCGACUGUGGAACAUCGACGGCCACAACGUCCUGAACAGGAACAUCCUGAGCCACGACCUACAGAAGGUUAUUUACGUGGACGACAACAUAACCAGCCUGCUGGACACAGAGACCGUCGCCGGUGGCAACGCCGAGAAGGCGGGGUCAUCGGGCUCAGAGGGGCAGCAGACCGACCAGAGCAGAGCGGGCAUUAGGACCCUGAGAGUCAGUCCUGAUGGACAGCACCUGGCCUCUGGAGACCGCAUGGGAGUCCUCAGGAUCCAUGAUCUGGACAGUAUGGAGGAGAUUAUGAACGUUCAGGCUCAUGACUCGGAGAUCCUCUGCCUCGAGUUCUCCAAACCAGAUACUGGUCUCCAGUUAUUAGCCACGGCCAGUCGGGACCGGCUGAUCCACGUCCUGGACGCAGGCAGAGAGUACAGCCUGGUUCAGACUCUGGACGAACACUCGUCCUCCAUCACUGCCGUCCGAUUCGCUGCCAAUGAGGGUAAGGUGAGGAUGAUCAGCUGUGGAGCCGAUAAGAGCGUCUACUUCCGCACCGCUCAGCAGCUGGAGGAGGGGUUGGAGUUCACUCGGACUCAUCACGUGGUGAGGAAGACGACUCUGUACGACAUGGACAUCGAACCAACCAGGAAGUACGCAGCAGUGGGCUGUCAGGACCGCAGCAUCAGGAUCUUUAACAUCAGCAAUGGUAAACAGAAGAAGUUGUAUAAAGGCUCUCAGGGCGAGGAUGGGACUCUCAUUAAGGUGCAGAUUGACCCGUCAGGUCUCUACAUCGCCACCUCCUGUUCAGAUAAGAACAUCAGUAUAUUUGACUUCUACUCUGGAGAGUGUGUGGCCACCAUGUUCGGACACUCCGAGAUAGUAACAGGUUUGAAGUUCAGCAGUGACUGCAGACAUCUGAUCACAGUCUCUGGAGACAGCUGUAUCUUCGUGUGGCGUCUCAGUCCAGAGUUGACCAUCAGGAUGAGGCAGCGACUCGCUGACCUCCGACCUCCCAGCAGCACUCAGAACUCCCAAAAUGCACCGCAUCAAAAAGCGGUGAACCUCAGUAGCAGGGAGGCGUCGUCUCGUCGUGUCGUCACCAUGUCGUCUGACAGCGACAAGGAGGAGGAAGAGGAUGAGGAGGAGGAGGAGCUUCCCUGUCCUUUUAUGGUCACAGCAGGAAGACUGGAGGAAGAGACAGAAACAUCAGAUGAGAAGUUCAACUCUCUGGCCUCUCAGAGCCGCAGAGACAGCAGGAAGGAGGUUUCGGGGGGUCGACUCCCUCGCCGUCGCUGGUCCAGGAGGACGGGCAGCGCAGACGGUGUCCUGAUGGUGAAGUCUAUGUUGGACCUGAGACUGCUGGACUCAUUCUCCCCCGAAAGUCAGGAGGAGCAGCAGGUGGAGCAAGAGGAGGUGAAAACCCAUCCCCUCGAUGUUAGCACCUCCCCCUGCAGCCAGAGGAGGAGGGGCCGAGGUGAGGAGGCGGGGCUUCACAGGACCAAUCAGGAGCUGGGGAGCACCAUCAGUCUGCAGGUCACCAAUGCAUGGGCAGAGGACGAUGAGGCGAGGACCAAUCAGAGGCCAGACUUCAUCCGGCUGUCCAGUCAGAGCCCAGACAGGGAGGAUCUGGUGCUGUAUCCCGACCAAUGGGAGGACCGGGUGAGCCUGGCAGGAAGCGAGUUCCAGGUGAAGGAGGCGUGUCCUGCUGCUGCAGGUGGCCGACAGGACAAACCCAGUCCAGACAGUGGCUGCUCACUGGGAUUCAACUCCAGACUGUCCAGUCCAGUCAGACCUGCCGGAGACGACUCGGAGCCCACAGAGCCUCUCAGCGUGGAUGGAAACUCCUCUGAGCUGGAGGAGGAGGAUGAAGAGGAGGGAGGAAGAGGAGGAGGAGGAGAGGUCAGGGCCUCUCAGCUCGUCCCUCAGACCCCAGACCAGGAAGCUUUCCUGAAGGAACACUUUGUCACCCUGGCCGACCUCUCAGGCUCAGGGAGUCCGAGCCGAGCGUCUCACAGCUCCACUGAGAGUCUCAGCAUCUCCUCCAGGUUCCUCUCCCAGAAUUCAGCUGGAAGUCGGACGGUGCUUCCUCUCCCAUCUCGGACCGGAGGAGGAGGAGGAGGAGGGGAGGUGAAGGCCCGUCCUCUGGUCUCAGAGGUCCGACCUCUGAUGGAGCAGAACCAGAACCGGACCCAGGACAGGAGGGUGUCAUGGAAUCAGGACCAAACCCAGAAACAGAACCAGGACCAGAACAGCACCAACCAGGACCAAACACAGUCUCCUCAGGUCGGGAACCAGAUCCAGCAGGGUACGGAGCAGCUGCAGAGCCGGGUUGAGGAAGAGGAGACCUCCUCGGUCCAGCAGGCCCACCGGCCAUCCCCACUGAAGAAGAAGGUCCAAACUGUGGAGUCCAGGAGGAAUCUGGGCCCGACAGCCCGGGCCGCCGCCUCCCAUCUUAACGCCUUCUCUGGACUCCGGAAGGCUCAGUCGGUCCAGAGCCUGCUGACGGACGCAGGUGACUCCUCUCGUUCGUCCAGAGAGCUCCCCCCUCAGCUGCUCCUCCCCCCUCAGCGUCCCACCACCCUCCCCUCCUCCCCCAGACGCCCCCCGUCCUCGGCCCCGCCACCUCAGAGACCCAGCCCCGCCUCCCCCCGCUCCCCCCAGCAGGAAACGGCCGCUCCGUCUGCUCUCACCGCCCCGAGGAAGUCUUCAUCCUCCUCCUCUUCCGCUCCGUCGGUGCCGCGCUCCUACAUGAGCCCCACCGCCAGCUCCAUGGCCAAGAUGUCGCGCUCCGUCUCCGUGGGCGACGGCCUCAACAUCUCCGAAGCCGAGGAUCCCGCAGUGACAUCAUCAUCGGCGACGGAAACCUCCUCCUCUCAGGUCAAAGAGACUCCGCCUCCUGUUGUUGCCGUGGUGCCCUCCAACGCAGCUCUGGCCACGCCCCCCCAUGCUGCUGUUGUCCCCGUUGUCGUCGCCUCCUCCUCGACUCUGGGUAACCAUGGUAACCAGGCGGCCCCUCCCCCCCGCGGUCUCCAGGCUCGGGUCGCCUGCAGCAGCAGACCGCUACCCGACAAGCCCUCCAUCGCCUCCUUCUCGCCAUCCUCCUCCUCCUCCUCGUCUUCCUCAUCGCGGCCUCCUCCGGUCUCCAUCUCCCCCCUGACUCCCCCCCGGCAGGAGGAGGAGGAGCCUCAGAGUCCUGCGGGCGGCGGCAGCGUGGAGCAGAGAGAUGACGCAGACCAGCCAAUCAGUGUGGAGACCUGCAGAGCUCUGACCAAUGAGCUGCAGAGCUGCUUCAAGAGAGCAACACACCUGUACAGGAAGGUGAGCGGCUCCUCCCCGACGACCCGCCCCGACCAGCGUCAGAUGGCCGUCGUCCUAUCAGAGGCCUUCCAGACCAUGAGGGCGGAGCUCGAUUGUCUGCCGCUCGGCGCUGCGGGCGUGCUGGGAGUGGAGGGGGGGCUGGGGGGGGGGGGUGGGGAGGUGAAGACGGCGGCGCUGCUGGAGGAGUACUCUCUGCUGCUGCUGCAGGCGGUUCACAGGAGGAUCAAUGCACACGACGCUGCUGCACAGUAGACUCAUCUUCAUCUUCAUCGUCCUCAGCCGUCACCGCUCCCUCCUGCUCGCAAGCCUUUCGUUUCUUCUUCACCUCCUCCUCGUGUCGUCGCAGAUGAAGGACCGGAAGCCAUUUUGGUUUUGUCUGGACUUUUAAUCCUUUUUUAUUGUUAUGCAAGAGUCUCUCGUCUUAACGGACCUCUGAAGUUUUUAUCCCGUUUUUUUAAAGACGUUUCCUCCGACUGAGUCGUGGACGUUUUUCCAUUUUCAUUCCCUGAAGUUCGGAAGGAGCGAACGGAUCACCAGUUACUGUUAAUGUUAGACUGUAGAGAGUUUUUAAAGGAGCAAACAGCAAUAUGAGAUGUUCUGUGACGGUUUGAUCUGAACAAACUUUAUUGUUCUUUUGUUUGAUGUAAAGUUUCUUUCCCGAGUUCACUUGAACGUAACACAGACUUCAGUCGUGAGUUUUAGUUUCUGAUGAACAGUUUGUAUUUAUUGUGUUGAGCUGUUACAGUUUAACUGGCAGACUACUGAACAAUGGCUGACUCUUUAGCCGACCGUCACGUGCUGAGCGCCACGUUUUUCUAAAAUCAUGGAUUUAAAGUCUUUUCUUUGUAACUGUUGAAUGAGGAUGUACAUUUUUAUAACUGUUCUUAGAGAAACACCUUCAGGGGAUCGUCGGGUUUAAAUUUGGGCUCAGAUUGUUUCUAACAGUUUGUUUUAACGCUGACUUUCUCACAGACAAACAGGUCGAAGUUCAGUUUGAAAUGUUUUCAUGUUUUUUGUCAAAAUUUAAUAAAAGUUUGAGACUUA